GAAAAAUAUUGUUUCUUCACACCGCAUUGGAAUAUAUAUUCUCAAUUACAACCUCGAACCAUCUCCUCCUCGCUGCUACUUGCCAACAUGUUACCGCUCCGUACCGUACUCCGGACUAUGAUAAGCACCAGACGGCCCAUCCACACCUCCACUCGUUCCCGAGCCCCCUACAAAGACUCACAGGACCGCAAAACCCUUCGUACGGGGACGGACGAACAUACCAAGUCCGGCCGCGAUGAGGACAUAGCAAGGGACCGCCCCGAUAUUGCGUUCAACGCUCACGAGCCAAGGCCGGAGGAAGCGGCCGCCCGGAGCGCAAAGAAGGGCGAAACAGGGGCAGAUCCAUUGGCGACGAGCGGCGCGAAUAAAGAUAUUAGCAAACCUGUGAAAGAAAAUGAUGCCGGUACCGAGGUGAGGAAGGGAGGGGCGAGCAGGGAGAAGAGCCCGGAGAAGAAGGGAAAAUUACCACGGGCGUGAGGAUACGUAUGAGUGGGAAGAUGAAGUUGUUCGAAGGGAUAAUUCUAUGUCCAGGAAAGAAGAAACAUAUGACGAGGAGGGAAUACAACUGUGGUCGGGGUAAUAUGUUGGGUUAUCGACUUACACACUUAGUCCAACAAAGUCAGUCUAAAUGGACGGAGCGCUUCUACAGCAAAGCUAGAUGUGACUACCUCUAUCGAGCAAAAUAUCGAGACAAAGCCGG